AUGGGCGAUGCUAAGGACAUUCCGCCGGGUACUUACACUUUGGAACUGGGCAGCUCAUUCGCGCAUGAUUCUCGUCGGAAACCCACGUCUUCAUAUCACACCUUGAGAUGUUUUUCCAACUUGAAAGUGUUCAUGCGUUACUUUUGUUUCAGAUGACUUCAAGCCAAGUUCUUUAGCUGCCGAUUCUGAAAGUUAUAUCGCCUACGGCGGCACAGGCGACGUUCAUGUAAGGUCUUUAUCGAUUUUUCACUCUCUGGUCAUUGACUCGAAGAAUAAAAAACAAGUUGCGAAGUGGGAAAAUCGGAUUCCUUUCUUACAGGUGGCUUUAUCAACUGAAGGAGACAACUUAACUGUUUUCAAAGGGUCAAAGAAAGAAGCUACUCCCAAAGAAUGUCUCAUGUUCUUUGAUAGAAACACAGGAACUCUACGACUCGAGAAGAUUACGUCUUCCAUGAACGUAAAGAAGACGAGGUAUUCCUAGUUAGAUUAUAGUCACUGUGAAACUCGAAUUCAGAGAUCUGGAUGCGGGAACAGAAGCUGCUCUGCGUAACGGUAUCGGCAGGCUUCGGGCGACAUCAAAGACGAAGUCGCCGCCUGUUCUCAACGAUCAUCCCAGGUUAUCGCCUUUCGAGAUUUCCAGCUAAGCCUACGUUUACAGUUCUCAUCAAGAAAAAAUGAGCAGCAGUUCUUCGAGCUCUGGUAGCGACAGCGGCAGUGAGAGCGAUAGUUCGGUUUGAUCAUUUCACAAAACUCUUAUUUACUUAUUUUCAUUAAGGACGAUGAAAAGCCGAAAAAGUCGAGCGCUACUGAUAGCGAUAGUGGCAGUGAUGUUGAUGAAAGUACGUGAAAGAUUUUUUUAACCUCAUAAAAUUUGACUCUUCAGGCAAACUUUUGGAAGAAAUGAACGCUCCGCGUACUCAGACGGGAACAGAGCCAAAUAUCGAAAGGAGUUCUGUUUUUAGAGCAGAACCUGCUUUUCAAAGUAUGCCGUCUUUCGAAUCAGAGCCAGCUCCCAGGUAAGAAAAAAAAGUUACUAAAUUUAUCGAUGGAAGUCUCAAUCUUCGCAGGUCUCGGAAUGGACAAGCGGCUCUUGGUCUGGUUUUGAGUGAAAGCUCUGACGAUGAAGGUUGAAAAUGCACAGUUUUCUUCGUUUAAUAUUUUUUUUGUAAUUAUCGUCCCCACUAUAGUCUAUUUUCGGUGUCAGAACUCAUUCAUGUGAUUCUUUACCACGCCUCCUUCCCCCAUUCGCUGGUCAGCCAUUUGUACAUUUCAGAUUAACUAAAUAAGGGUUUUGGUGCACUCUUCGUUGCGUAGUCUUUCGCCUCUUGUGAUUCGUUUUUCUUAGAAAUCACUUCAGUUAAUCAGUGCUUGUAGCUUUCUACAAUUAAUUUUAUGUACUAAUUUCUUGUAUAUGAUCAUUCGCCUUUUUAAUAUCUUUUUUUUUGGGUCUUCAGAGGUUUUCGCCGUUUCACAAUAAAAAGUUUUUUUCUUCUAGUUUUUUUUGUUAUCAAAUAUAAAAAAAUGUGGUUAUUGCCUCGAAUCCUUGGAGGUUAAGCAUGUUUGAAAAGAGAAAAGAACACGAUCUUUUUUUUUCAAAAAAUUCAAAAAAAUCGAUUCUUUCCAAAAAGCAUUAGAUUUGAGAAAAAAAAAAUCUAAAUUUUCGUUUUCAACCAGACUUUAUGAGUUUUGCACCUGAUGAAAAACUUCAAUCAACUGUUUAAAGUUUAUUUUCAGAUUGCAGUCAGAAUGAUAAAAAGAAAAUCUAGUGAGUCUACAGAGAAAUAUGUUUCUGACCUUGUGGUACCUGUACAAAUAUCAGAAUUGGUAGGUAUUAAAUUUUUUUUAGAGUUAAUCAUUUUCCAGUGCCGAAGCGCGGAAGAAUGGGUGAAAGUAGGCGCCUACUGUUUCGACAAGGUUCAGAAUUUUUCUUUUGAAGUUUUUUGAAAUCUUGAGGGAUCUGUUGUCCCAUUUUUCAAGGUUUCUGUUCAACUCUAUAGAAUGUAAAAUAGAACCAAAUUCAAAAGAAAGGAUUUUUUGGAACAUGAAAAUUAAGGUGUCAACGAUUGGGAAGAUUGUUGGCGAGCCCGAAAUUAAUUUGGACCAGCGAAUGUUUAUUUGCACUCUGAGCCAAUCGACAGAAUCGACGUCUUCAGCCUCUUCUAUCAACAUUACACGACUUAUUUCGGUUGACAAAGAAAAAAAUCAAUUAAUUAAUUAAAAUUUUCAGAAAAGGUUCACGGCAGAAAUGGCCAAAACGUUCAAAACUGGGAUGGAAGUCUCGGUAACCGGGAAAGUCCGAUUCGACAUGGAAAACAGUCGUAGAUACAUCAACGCUUUUUCUUUGCGAGAGGUUUAGGAUUCUGAGAGUUCAACGAUUCUCAAAAUUAUUCAGACUCAAGAAUCAGAAGGAGUCGCGUUUUCUCUUGAAGCCAAACUCGCUUCAAAAUUUUACGCUGAGGUAGAGAAUGUUUUUAGUGAGGUUUUGCAAAAAAAAAAAAAGAAGAAUACUCCAAUAAUGGAAUUCAUCAGAUAUCAAAGACGGUUUGCCUAUUUUGUGAAAUAAGAAAAGGAGCAAAAAUGAGUUGGAAAAUUCAAAAUCUUCUGGCCUAGAUUCGAAAGCCUGGGCUAUAUAACGACAAAUUCCUUUUAUUCUACUGGUUUUUUUUCUAUUCCUAGAAAUAUUCCACAUAUCAAGCCAAAGUCGUUUUUGGUCGGAAGGCUUAAAAUUAUCCGCUUUGCAGUUGUAGUGAUCCUUCCUAUAGCCCAUAACGCGCCAGCUUGCCGCGUUUUUUUUUCUGUCAAGAAUCAAUUUAGAUCAAAUUUGUACACACUUCGCUUCAAGGUCUUUGUUUUUCGCACUGUUGUAAAUUUUUUCUUGCAGUGCAAAAAAAACUGUUUUUACGGUAGCUUUUUCUUAUGAUCUUUCAAAAAAUCAGCGUCCGCGCAAAAAAACAAUAUUUACGAUCAUGCGAUUUUAGUUUUGACAUAAUUGUAGGUAAUAAUGAAGAUUCUUUCAUAAUUAUCUAAGGAGCUCUUUAUAUUUAUUGAUUUCAUCCAUUUUAAUUCCGUAGAAAUGAGGCGCUAAUCGACCGGCAACAAUUUCUAAAGUCAAACACCACACAUAACCGAUUCGGAUUAAUAAAUCGCAUGAAAUCUAAGAAUUUUAACGAGUGACAUUAAUAACUUUUCAUGUGAAAUCGGACCGGCCUUCCCAUCCGCUUCCGUGUAAAGGUGAGCCUUCGCGCACGAAAUGCAACCUGAAGAGAGGCUCUGGCCGAUUCCCUGUAGCCAUUCUGGAGGAGGCGUCCGUCGUUUCCGCUGCCAACUAUGAGCCUCUCGUCCUGCCGCCAAUCAGCAAAGUCAACGCCCCUUUCAAGGUUGGUCAGGCCCAACGAAGGAGGAAAUUUAUAGGAUCGGUCUUGGAACAAAAUUUCUCAAUCUUUUAUGAAGAGUAUAUCAGAAAAGUUUCAAAGGAAGUUAAAUAAUUAUUGAUUUAAUGUAAAACUUAAUCUACUAUCUGACCUUCUGUUCUUUUUUAUACUUUUAACAGUUUCAGCCUCCUCCACCCUCUACUCAGGACUCUUUUGAAACAGAAAUCUUCUUUCCAUCAAAAAACGAACCUCGAAAAGAGACAGCGAAAAACGAACCCCUUGACGACUCUUUUGAGGAUUCCAUUGUGAUGGGUUCUUAG